AUGCCGUCCGCCGACGAUUCUUCGUCCGCCCGCCCCAACGGGACCAGUUCGCGGUCCGACCAGCUGGCUUACUACAAAGCGCAAUAUGAACAGCUGGAAGCCGAAUUGGCGGAAUUCCAGGCUUCCAGCCGCGAACUCGAGGCGGAGCUGGAAAAGGACAUCGAGGCGUCAGAGAAGCGGGAACGGGUCUUGAAGGAGAAACUGGAAAACCUGAGAUACGAGGUCGAUGAAUGGAAGUCCAAGUUUAAGCAGUCCAAGUCGGAGGCCAACACGGCUCAGAAUGCGCUGCAAAAGGAGAUCACAACAUUGCGAGACACCAGCAGAACCCUGCAGUUGAAACUACGUGACACUGAGGUGGCGAACGAUGAUUAUGAACGCCAGGCCCGCCACACCACUUCGUCCCUGGAGGAUAUGGAGCAGAAAUACAACAUGGCCAUUGAGCGCAGCGUCCUGCUGGAGGAGGAGGUCAAGGCCGGCGAGAAAGAGAGAGAGGCCCUCCGGAUCCAGAACCAGCGUCUCCGGGAUGAGUUAUCGGAGCAGAAGCUGGACAACGAGAUUCUUCAGGAGAAGCUUCGCCACGAACAAUACGGUGGUCGACGCAAGAAGCCGACGCCUUUGUACCGCACCCAGUCGUCAACACAGUCGUCAGCACCGCCGGCUCCUGAGAUCUUUGAUCGCUCCCCCGGCACGUCCACGGUGUCCUCCCCCUUGUUUGUCACCACCCCGAUGAAAUCCUCCCUGAUGGCGGUCACUGUGCCUCCCCCGUCGCCACCGAUGUCUGAGACGUCGAGCAGUCUGAUGACCAACAUGAUGACGAACAUGCGCAAGUCCGUCCAUACCAGUUCUGGGUUCCCACACAAGAAAGCCGCGGGUUCCGAGUCCAUGAUGGGUUCCCGGUCGAUGUAUGACUCGAGGCCGUCGAAGUCUUCCCGGUCUCGUGUCACGGCCAAUGCGCACAGUAGCGCCCGAUCGGUGUCCACGGUCGCGUCCCGCACGACCUUGCCCACGAGCAUGCCCAUGACCUUGCCCUCGUUCAGCAAUUCCCCCACUUUCAACAAUGAUACCCCGCAAAGCAAACUGCCCAAGUCGGGCUCGUUGUACCAGAUCCGGGGCCUCAUCGGCAAGAUGCAGAAGCUGGAAGAAAGGGUCCAGUCAGCGAAAUCCAAGCUGCCACCACCGUCCGACUCGCCUUCCCGGACCUCUUCGCGCUCCGGAUCGAUCUCCGUGAACGGUGGAAGCCCUGUCCCUUCUACCAUCACCAUGCGCCGAAACUCGCGCAAGCGGUUGAGUGGCAGUAGCUUUAGUUCGUCGGUCCGUGAUAAUGAUGGCACCUCGUCGUCAGUCUCCAACAACCGACCGUCCUUUGGCACCCGCAAUGGAGGUGACAGCCGGCCCAGUAGCCGCACUAGUUACUCCAGCUCCUUCAGCCAAAGCACGCACCCCAGCAUUGCGCCCUCGACGCGCCCAGAGAGUCGCCAGAGCCGGACCAAGACGCCCUUGGGACAUUAUUCGACGAACCCCACGACGGAAAGUCGGCGGCCGCGGUCAUCGCUGAGCAACCCUUCUGGGCAGAAUGGUCCCCUGAACGGCAUGUCCAACAUCGAUGAAGAUGAGGACCAGGACCUAGCGUUUCGCAUGUCGGUUCGAGCCAAGAUCAGCGAGGCCCGCGAGACCCGCUUCCCCUCGUUCUCGACGCCUACUACCGGGCUGAAGAAACGCACUCCCAGCGGUAUCUCCGCCAUCCCCGCGCCACGAACCCUGCGGACCAGCACUGGCGGCACCAAGGCCACCCCCGACGCGAAGUCCAACCAUGGUGACUUGGGCGAGACCUUUUAA